AUAAAGAUUAGACUGAAGAAUGUCUUUCAUCUGGUGCUUUUACUUCAGUCAAUGGUAUGCGAUCAAACACAAUGGCAGCGGGCACAGUGGCUGAGCUCUCGGAUAGUCUACUGAAUGGCAGAAAUCGUUACCAGUUUCUAGCCACAUUUCUAGUGAAUAUAUCGCCCUUUGUUUAUGGCAUUGGCAUUGGUUGGAUGUCGCCUGUGAUGCGAGCUUUGCAGACGCCAGACUCACCCCUCAGCUUCGAGGUAUUUGUGGAGGAAGUAUCUUGGAUUGGCUCGCUGAUAGGUAUUGGCAGUCUUGCGGGAAAUAUACUGGCCGGCUUUCUGCAGGAUCGAAUCGGCAGGAAGCCUAUUUUGUUAGCUCUGGCUGUGCCGAAUAUGUGCUUCUGGCUGCUAUCCUACUUCGCACAGAGCGUGGAGUAUUUGUAUAUAGCUCGCUUUUUUGCUGGCAUUACAGGUGGCGCUGGCUAUGUCGUUCUACCCAUGUUCGUUAGCGAAAUAUCAGACGCCAAAGUCCGAGGUCGCCUUGGCUCUAUUCUGCUGCUCUCGGUUAAUAUUGGCAUUCUAGUGGGCUAUAUCCUAUCCACAAAUGUUGACUAUUAUCUGGCACCUUUCUUUGUCCUACCCCUUCCCAUUUGCUAUUUCAUAAGCAAUCUGUUUCUUCCCGAGACGCCGUUCCACUUGAUCAACAAAGGCAAAUUUGGAGCUGCUGAAAAGUCUUUCAGAUACUACAAAAAUAUCAGGGAGGAUGACAAAAGCUCCAUGUUGGAGUUCGAGGAUAUUAAACUGAAACUGACCAAGGAGAGGACAUUGAAUGUGAAGGGCUUGCAUUACAAGGACUUUGUUGCUCCACCUGCUUUGAAAGCAUAUGCCAUUGCUACAGUACUGAUAUUCGCCACUGAAUUUACGGGCACCUUCUGCUUUGCUUCGUAUAUGUCGGAUGUUUUUGCUCUCUCACAUACCACCUUGGACAUAGGCAUGUGCACCAUUAUCAUCGGAGUCAUUCAGAUCGUGGGCACCUAUACGACCACAUUGAUAUGCGACAGAUUUGGUCGCAAGAUAUUGCUCUUGAUCUCCAGUCUGGGCUGUGGCAUUUGUCUGGCUGCCUUCGGCUCCUUCACCUAUUUUGCAGAGCGCUACGAUCUCUCCUCAGUUGGCUGGAUGCCUCUGCUGCUGUUAUCCUUGGAUGUGUUUGUUUGCAAUAUUGGUCUGGUGGGAGUGUUGUUUGUGGUUCUAGUGGAAGUAAUGCCAGCCAAGAUACGCUCGGUUGCUGUUUCUGCAUUUGUGAUCGUGCUUAGCAUCACGGUCUUCGUGUCUCUUAAGAUCUUUCCUCUCUGCAUGCAGUAUUGGGGCAUAUCGAUCACCAUGUGGAGCUCGAGUCUUGUUGCAUUUGUUGCCUUCGUCUUUUUUCUGUUCUUUCUGGAAGAGACUAAAGGAAAAUCAAUGCUGGAUCCCUAG